AUGCCGAUAGCAUCGGCUCUGACAGUUCUUCAAAAUCCCUGGGUCGAUACGUCGCGAGAGGGGACCUAUGAUUCCAGCUCUAUUAGGCAGGACCUAGAGAUGAUGGGAAUCCAAUGGAGCCCCGAGCUUCAAGACGUCCAAGAGAACAUUGAACCGGUUGAGCCCGUCGUCGGAGUUCCACCCUAUUACCUAGAGGUGUUGGAAGCUGGACGCGGUGUACAUGGGACUGUAGUACUUUGCUUACCACGGCCCUAUGCUAUCGCUGCAAAGCAUGACAGCAUGCAAGGAAGCCCACACCCUAUUGCAGAGCUAAAGUCUAAGCUAGUGGCAGCCAAGACCGCUAAAGACUGGCCCGCGCCCAUCAAGGCGGCGCAGAACGAAGCGCGGAUCCAUGAGAUGCUCGCAGCAGAAAGCAUGAGGCGCCUCCGCGCGAGUACUCUUCCUCAAUUUGCUUCGCUUCGGGGCCGAUCCUCUAUUGAUGCGUCCCCUCUGCAUGGUUUAUCUGUUCAUAAAACGUAUUGGCUAGCUAUCGAUGCAAUUGUUCCGUCAAUGACUGUGGCAGAUCUUUGGUGGGAACAUCCCCCGAAGCUUGAAGGCGAUGCUGAGGUACUCAUGCUUCAAGUCUUUUGCGGCUUGUACGAUGCUAUCCGAUUCCUCCACACAUGUAAUCCUCCAAUCGUCCAUAACGACGUCCACGCGGGUAACGUAAUGCUCCAACUAUCGGAUGGGCUCCCCCGAGUGGUUCUGACUGAUUUUGGGUCUGCUAAACAAGAAGAAAACGACUUCGACUUCCAGUGCGUCCGUAACAUGAUCAAUUUCAUGUAUGUCGAAUCUCUUGAUUUCCAUCGGGAUAGCCCCACUGUUCCUAAAGGCUGGCCCGAGUUCAAGGACACUUUGAUUACUCGCGAUUAUCCGAACAUCUUUGAGCCAUUGCUAAAGUUGGCAGAACCUCUGGCUCGAUCAGCACUGGCGAACGUGGAUUCCAAGAGCAAAUCUGAUAUUUCGAGCCGCUUGCAAGAAGCUGCGAAGCCAAAAGAAGCUAAGCUCUUGACCAAUUUCCAGCGUAUGGGUCUCCUUCCAGGCGGCGAAGUGAACUGA